AUGGAAUCAUUUACCCCUCUAGCCAAGGCCAACACCAGCUUCUCCUUGGCUUUGCUCAAAACAUUGGGUGAUAACGACAAGACUGCAAAUGUCUUCUACUCCCCGUUCAGCAUCUCCUCAGCCCUGGCUAUGGUUAUGCUGGGGGCCAGAGGCAACACGGCCACACAGAUGUCAGAGGUUCUCUGCUUCGCAAAGGCAGAGGAGGCGCAGAAAGCAGGAGGACAGCAGAUGCAGAUGCAACAGCAGGCUCAUUCCAGACUGCCAAACUUUCUGAAGGUGGGGCGCUGGGUGGUGGUCUGUGGUGACGGGUUCCCGGGAAACAAAGAGGCGGUGGUUCCACAGUUUGACAUCAUGAUGGUUCUCUUCUGUUCUCUUCUUGUGGUCUUUAACUUUAACAUUGGGGUCCUGAAAACGCAGGGAUGUCAGGAUGAGCUUCACAGCAGCUUUUCUCAGCUUCUGUCCGAGCUCAACAAGUCAGACGCUCCGUACGCUCUGAGUGUCGCCAACAGGCUGUACGGAGAGCAGUCUUUCCAGUUUGUUGAGGAUUUCUUAGGAAAGACCAGAAAGCACUAUAAUGCUGAGCUGGAGACAGUGGAUUUCAUCAAAAGCUCAGAAGCAGCCAGGGUUAACAUCAACGGCUGGGUGGAGAACCAAACACAAGGUAAAAUUAAGGAUUUACUGCCCAGUGGCGUGUUGGGCAACCUGACCAGGCUGGUGCUGGUCAACGCCAUCUACUUCAAAGGCAGCUGGAGCAAGAAGUUUCAGGAGAGUGCCACACGCGACGCUCAGUUCAGGCUCACCAAGAGUAACUCUAAGCCCGUGAAGAUGAUGAACCAGAAAAGCAAGUUCCCUUUGACCUUCAUCCCUGAAGCCAGCUGCCAGGUAAAUGGAUUAUUGUCGUUCAACCUUUUAAAUAUAAAGAUUUUAACUGUUUAUUGUGUAAUCACGCUUGAGCCAUAA